AGACAGUUCUUAUUUCCUCAACUGAAUGUACGCCAACAUAUACAGUGCCAUAGAAUCUAAACAUUGUUCAAUCGUAAUGAAAAUGUUGGAGGAUUCAGGAGAAACGACACGGCUCUGCCUUCGUGAAAACCCACGCCCUCCUAACCCGAAUUCAACGCGAAUGAAGAAUCUGACAGCAUGGUGGCGCACAGGAUUGCAUGACAGUAUGCACAGCAACUGACUGAGUGAUCAAAUCACGGCCAAUUCGCGCCUUUCGAAGAUGACGGGAAAGGGGCCACACAUAUAAGCAGUAAGCUGAAGCAUUGUCUGUCGGUACAACUUACGACUGCGACUUGCGACUCCAUGUGUGCACGACUUGUCUCUGUCGCCCUUCUCGCGGGUUUUCUCCCAGCAUCUCUCUGCUACCAAACCAAUGAUUCCCUCCCGACAACCCUCCUGCAUCAAUUCCCCAACGGUACCUGGGUUGAAAACCUCGCUGUGCGAUCCAAUGGGCAACUGGUGACGACCGUUGCGUCCUCGCCCGAUAUUUACCAAGUCGACCCCACGAAAUCCUGUGCCCCCUUUCUCAUCCAUCACUUCGCGAAUGUUACUGGCACCGUGGGGAUCACGGAAACGGCGCCAGACAUUUUCCAGGUUGCUGUUGGUAAUUUCUCGCUCGCAACAUUUCUUGGGACAAGUGGCUCUUUCUCUAUCUUUGAAGUCAAUCUGACAUCCUUUCCAACCUGUCCCGAUCCUCAAUCCACGUACGAGGUUCCGAUUGUUCGCGUAGCUGACGUGCCCGGGGCGAAAUUCCUCGAUGGCUUGACGACCCUGCCACAAGUGAAGAAUCGCAUCUUGUCUACGGAUCUCAACUUGGGCGUGGUGUGGCAGAUCAAUGUCGAGAAUGGCAACUCAUCGAUCAGCGUCGACGAUGCGCUCAUGAAACCUGGGGCCGUGAAUGGUGUUAUCGGUGCAGAUGGCAUCAAGAUCCGCACUGGUGUUCUUUUCUUCACGAACCCUGGCCAAAACAUCAUUGGCAAGGUUCCCAUCAACGCAUUCGGGCAUGCAGUGGGAAAUGCGUCUGUCGUGGUCCCAAUUGGAGGGGACGACUUCACCAUCGAUCAGAGAGGUCAGCUCUUCAGUGUUGGAGGAUCCGGGAACUUGAGUGAAGUUUUUGUGCAGAAGCAUCGCGAUGCGAACUUGACGAAUUUGCCUGGUCCAACUGCCUGCCAGUUUGGAAGGGGAGUGCGUGAUCAAGGUUGUUUGUAUGUGACCACUUCUGGAGGGGAUGGUGAAUACGGAAAGGUGCCUGUGCCCGUCGGCGGAGCUGUCUAUAGUGUUGAUGUAUUUCAAAACGGGAGUUGUGAGAAGUUUUAGAUAUAGAAGAAAAUGGAACAAAAAUUGAUGUUUGCCGCUAUAGUUUCGAG